AUGGAUGCGUCAGAUGUCAACAAUUUGAAAGGGAUUAAGAAGAGCCAUGAAUAUACCGUUCGAAAGGCUCACGGCGUGCUCUGGCAUGGUGGCAAGGUGUGGGCCAUCGGGGAGAAAUACCUUGACAAAUAUGAUGUGGUGGGAAAAGGGAAAGAUAUCGAGCUGAAGAGCGAUGCAAAGCCAAUCUCAUUGUCCAAGGUGCCAGGCAGGGCGAGAAAUGGUCAUGACCUUUCUGCCAGUUACAAGGAUGACGAUAUCCUGCUGUUGACGCAUACCGCUGCAGCGUAUAAAUACAACACAACCAGUGGGGACUUUGAUACUCUCAUGGGGAUUGAUAAGCUCAAGUCUCUGGUUCAACACUCUUCUGGGGAGUAUGCCUGGGUGGAAGGGGGAAUGGGUGGAAUGGGACAGUAUGUGUCGUUUAGUGAUGAGAGCGUAUCCACGACCAUGACAGACAAGAAAGGGUGGGAAGAUGCUGGGCUUUACAAAGAGGAUCUUUGA